CCUUGUCACAGAUGUAUAAAAUUCUGUGUUCCAAAUAGAUAUCUGAUUCAGAUAACACUGUAGUACUUAGAUAUAUAUUGAUACUAAUAACUAAUAAGUAAUAUACUAUUAUAUAUUAUUAUUUAAUCAUAUUAAUACUUAUUAAGAUCUUUUACUCAUUUAAUACGGCAAUUUAAAAAUUGUAGGUACCUACUAUAGUCUAUGAAACUAUAACUAGAUACCACAUUGAGUUUCAACAUUUUUUGAUACAUUAAAUUUGUGAUAUAUCUUCUUGACGUUGAGUCAUAUUCAUAGUUAAUAAACUAAAAUGAAUUCAUUAGUAGCCGAUUAUGGAGAUGAAACAGACACAGAUUCAUUGGAUAGUGAUCAACAUCUAGAUGAAAACACUAAGGACUUAAAGACAGUUGAUGAAUUUAAAUCUGAAAAUAAACUUCCUGCACCAAAAUUUAAAGAAACUGGUAUUAUCAGUGAAUCUGUCUUCAGAAAUCCUUAUUUGGAAGCAGAACGAGCCAAAAGUGCCGUAUUAGAAAAACAUGUUAAAAUGGUCCCUGCUAAAGAUCAUCUUACAAAAGUCAAUGGAAAAAAUAUAUGUUGGAUGAACAAAAAAGGUCGUUGUCGUUUUGGUAAUAAAUGUAAAUUUGCUCACGAUUCAGAAUUAUUCAAUGGUCCGAAUAUAAUAGAUGAAGACAAAUCAAACAAGGAGAGUUUUAAAUUGAAUAAUAAAAAGAAAAGACCUGGAUUAUCACAAACUUUAAUACCUGGAAAAAAAAUACUUAAAAUAUUUAAAAAAACAGAAAUGUCUAAUAUACAUUCAUAAAAUAUUACUUUUAUAUUUUAUACUGUUUUUUUAAUCUUAAUAUAUUACCAUUGAUAUCAAUGAUAGUUGAUGAUAUGGUAUUGAAGUUAUGUAUAUAUUUCAAGUACAUAAGAAUAAUAAAUGUAAUUAUUGAAUUUUAAAUUUACAGAAUUAUCUAGUCAUUAUUUCCAUAUUUUUUCACAUUAGAUUCUUAAUUCAUUAAAUUACUUUUUAUUUUAUACUUGUUUAGUAUAAUAUUCAUGAAUUAUUAAAACAUUUUGUUUUUAUUUUUUUAUUUAUUUUAUUGAAAUAAAAUUUAUGACAUCAAUGGGAAUUGGACAACACAUUAUUUGCAAAGAUUUUAAUUUACAUUUUUACAAUAUAUGUAUUACUCACCUACAAAAGAUCAGAUUAUGUCUUAAAAUUAGUAUCUACUUUAUACUGUUUUGAGAAUAUUGAUUUUAUUAAGAAAUCAAAAGUUAAUCGGACAUUACUUGGUUCUGGGUUAAGAGAUACUGAUAUAUGGCUGACAUACUCCUUUUUUUUAUACAUUAUUGUGGUUUUAGAAAAUAAUUUAAGUCUAGCACUUAAUAUUAUUGUAUAUAUGAUAAAAAAAAGUCUAUUGAUUUACAAAGUUUAUCUAGGUAAAUUACAAAGAGUAAAAUAUAUUGGUUUAUAUACUGUGUCAUGUCAUUUUAUCAUUUUUGUUAUUUUAGUACAGAAAACUCUAGCACAGUUUUAUUUAUAUGUAAAAUAUCAAUAUGGUUUGUAAAUUAAACAAUUUAAUAAAAGAAAAAAAUUUUAAAAAUUA